AUGAUUGGGCGUGUCCUUGCUGUUCUGCCUUUGGCUUUGCUUUUGCCUGGUGGCCACGCCAUAUGUCUACCAUCCUCGUCCACCUGUGCCUCCUUCUUGGGACAUACAUUCUCCAACGGCACUGCAGUAGUUCAUACUGCCGAGACUAUAAUAAAUGGCAGCACAUUCACAGGCACUUCUGCCAACGCCGACUACAAUGACCCUCAGCUGCUGGUGCCUCAAGCUUGUCGUCUUGGACUCACCAUUCGGACGACCACCAAUUCGUCGGUUGAGGCGGAGAUCUGGUUACCACCCACAGCAGAAUGGAACCAAAGACUUUUGACUGUGGGCAAUGGUGGAUUUGCUGGUGCGAUAAACUACCCAGACGUGGUCUGGGGACUGCGCAAAGGAUUUGCUUCAGUGUCUACCAAUACUGGACAUGCAUCAAACAGCAGUGAUGGCAGUUUUCUUUCCUUUCCAGAGCAAAGCAUCAACUGGGGCCACCGCGCUCUCCACGUCUCUGUCAUGGCCGCCAAGGAGGUCGUCUCCAGCUAUUAUGGGAACAGUACCGGAGGAAAGCUAUAUUCGUAUUAUGCUGGGUGUUCGACUGGAGGUCGGCAGGGGCUCAACGCAGCAGAACGUUACCCAGAGGACUUUGACGGCGUCCUGGCCGGUGCUGUUCCCUGGCAAACGCAUGUUGCGGGCUGGCAGACGUACGUGGCACUUUUGCAGUUUCCAAACACGAGAGCGAGCUAUAUCCCAGCCACCAAGUGGCCCUUUGUUGCCGCUGCCGUCCUAGAGCAGUGCGAUCUCCUCGACGGCGUCGCCGACGACAUCAUCAUGGACCCGUCCAAGUGCACCAUUGACUUUGCUGCAUUGACGUGCGGCACGGGCACGCUCAACUCGACUGCAUGCCUCAGCGACGAGCAGGCGGCUAACUUGGAGAGAAUGUACACCCCCUGGCUCGCCAAUGGAACCACGGGCGAGUUGGUCCACCUGGGCAUCUCCCCCAGCGGCGAGGCGAGCUUCUCGUACCUCAUGAACGGCGACGAGCCGCAGUUUGGCCCCACGUGGUUCCGGCACGCCAUCUACAACGACUCGGCCUGGGACUGGAGCACGCUGACGGCCGCCGACAUUUUCUUCUCCGACACCAUAAACCCGGGCGGCGCCAACGCCUACGACCCGGACCUGCGCGCCUUCGGGGACCGCGGCGCCAAGAUUCUGCACUACCACGGCUACGCGGACCCGUUGAUCCCGACUCUGAGCGCCGCGGCUUGGUAUGCUACGGUCCAGGACUUUUACGGCGCCCACGGUCGGGCCGGGGAGGUGGAGGAUUUCUACCGCUUAUUCAUGGUACCCGGAAUGGGUCAUUGCUCCAGUGGCGCGGGUGCUUGGGUCCUGGAUGCCGCCUCGCAGAGCGGUGCGGUGCCGCCAGUCGAGGAUGCUAGUCAUUCAAUGUUAUACUCCUUGGUGAACUGGGUCGAGGGGGGUAGUACGGCAGCUCCCGAAUCGAUCAUCGGCACCAAGUAUGUGGAAGAUGUCGCGCCCUCGGUGCAGUUUCAACGACCAAUCUGCAGGUGGCCGGCUGUGGCAGAGUAUGAUGGAGUUGGAGACGCGGAUGAUUCUGAGAGUUGGUCUUGUCCUGUUGUUUGA